AUGCUCAUCCUGAUGAAACCACAGGUGCUUGAAGUAUUCGACACUGUUGUCUUGUUGGAGCCACCUCUGAAGCCCACCAUGCCGAGCUGUCCCAUUGCUCCUGCUCCACCUUCUACCCUGUCACUCCCUCCCAAGGUCCCCGGGCAAGUGACCGUGACGAUGGAGAGUAGCAUCCCUCAAGCUUCAGCCAUUCCUGUGCCAACAAUCAGUGGACAACAGGGACACCCCAGCAAUUUGCAUCAUAUUAUGACAACAAAUGUACAGAUAUCCACCAUUCACAGCAGUGCUCCUGGGCCCCCUCUUCACAUUGGAGCUUCUCAUUUACCUCGAGGUGUAGCUGCUGCUGCUAUGAUGUCCAGUUCUAAGGUAACCACAGUCCUGAGGCCAACUUCAUGGUUGCCAAACGCAACUACAGCUCAGCCAGCGGUACAGCACAUCAUUCAUCAGCCAAUCCAGUCUUGUCCCCCAGUGAUCACCUCAAAUACCAUCCCUCCUGCUGUGGUAGCAACUGUUUCAGCCACCAGAGCACAGUCUCCAGUCAUUACAACAAGAGAAGCUCAUGCUACCAAUUCAACCCUUAGUUGUCCAACCUUGUCUAUCCAGCACCCACCUUCUGCAGCAAUUAGUAUUCAGAGUCCUGCACAAUCAAGGGAUGCAACAACCAGAAUCACAUUACCAUUACAUCCAGCUAUCGGCACACCAAAACAGCAGCUUCAUACUACGGCUCAGAAGACUAUCUUCAGUAAUGGUACACCAGUGGCAGCAGCAACCGUGGCACCCAUUUUGACCGCCAACACUAUUCCCUCAGCAACUACAGCCGGAUCUGUAUCACACACACAAGUGCCCACAAGUACAAUUGUCACCAUGACCAUGCCCUCUCAUUCGUCUCAUGCUACUGCAGUGACCACCUCAAAUAUUCCGGUUGCUAAGGUAGUCCCUCAGCAGAUCACACACACUUCUCCCCGGAUCCAGCCAGAUUAUCCAGUGGAGAGGAGUAGCCUUAUCCCUAUACCUGGACAUCGGGCCUCUCCAAAUCCUGUUGCAAUGGAAACCAGAAAUGACAACAGGCAAUCUGUUCCUGUCCAGUUCCAGUACUUUUUGCCAACAUACCCACCCUCUGCGUACCCAUUGACUGCAUACACAUAUACCCCCAUCACAAGUUCAGUGUCCACUAUCCAACAAUAUCCAGUUUCAGCUCAGGCACCGAACUCUGACAUCACAGCUCAGACAGGUGUCGGGGUGGCCUCUACAAUGCACUUAAAUCCCAUGCAGCUGAUGACAGUUGAUGCAUCUCAUGCUCGUCAUAUCCAAGGGAUCCAGCCUGCACCAAUUGGAACACAGGGAAUCCAGCCAGCACCAAUUGGAAUACAGGGGAUCCAUUCAGCAACACCAAUCAAUACACAAGGACUUCAGCAACCUCAGAGUGAAACUAAGACUUCAGCAGUGGUGUUGGCAGAUGGAGCCACAAUUGUAGCCAAUCCUAUUAGCAAUACAUUUAAUGCCACUCCAGAGGCUACCACUGUGGUGCAGACCCACAGCCAGAGUGCCAGCAUGAGCGCACCAGCCCAAGGCUCAUCCCCUCGCCCAAGCAUCCUACGAAAGAAGCCAGCCACUGAUGGAAUGGCAGUACGGAAGAGCCUCAUUCCUCCCCAAACACCUGAAGUCACUAGUCCUCGAGUAGAAAGCUCCAUAAGGAGUACAUCCGGGUCACCCAGACCUUCGGGUGCCAAACCUAAGCCAGAAAGUCAUGUCUCUAUGGCCACACCAGUCACUGUGUCUGUAGAGGCUGUGUCCAAUCAGAGCAGUGAUCAGCCCACCAUCGCUGUGCAGCCCACCUCUCAACAGCCACCACCUGCCAUUCCAACUAUCAUCACAGCAGCCAGUCUCCCAUCACAACCAUCAGUAGCCCUGUCAACAACUCCGGAGGCAGUUCCUGUCACACCACCUAUUACCACUAUUGCAGCUGCUCCUCCUGCAUCAUCAGCGGUGGGUGGCAGCCUUUCCACCAUAAUGGGGCCCGCAGUGCCAGAGAUAAAAAUUAAAGAAGAAGUAGAACCUAUGGACAUAGUGUGUCCUGUUUCUGCAGUUCCUCCAUUAACAACCAACACUGUGUCUCCAUCUCUUGCGCUGCUGGCCAACAACCUGUCGAUGCCUCCAAGUGACUUGCCACCUGGUGCCUCUCCAAGGAAAAAACUGCGGAAGCAACAGCAUGUGAUUUCAACAGAGGAAGGUGACAUGGAGACAAAUAGUACUGAUGAUGAGAAAUCCACUCCUAAGAGUUUGCUGGUAAAGGAUGAGAAACACAAGUCUCCUCCCAAGGAAUAUAUAGAUGAAGAAGGUGUAAGGUAUGUCCCUGUACGUCCAAGACCUCCCGUUACUCUGCUCCGACAUUACCGGAACCCCUGGAAAGCUGCUUAUCAUCACUUCCAGAGGUACAGUGAUGUCAGAGUCAAAGAGGAGAAGAAAGCCAUGCUGCAAGAAAUAGCCAAUCAGAAAGGAGUAUCUCACCGAGCCCAGGGUUGGAAAGUUCAUCUCUGUGCUGCCCAGUUGCUACAGUUGACAAAUCUGGAACGUGAUAUAUAUGAACGACUCACCACUUUACAGGAAGGUAUUAUCCCUAAGAAAAAGGCAGCAACUGAUGAUGAUCUACACCAAAUAAAUGAACUGAUACAGGGAAAUAUGCAGAGAUGUAAACUUGUGAUGGAUCAGAUCAGUGAAGCCAGAGAUUCCAUGCUCAAGGUUUUAGAUCACAAGGAGCAAGUCCUGAAGCUUCUAAGUAAGAAUGGAACUGUCAAGAAAGUGUCAAAAUUAAAGAGGAAGGAAUAA